ACCUGAUUCUACUGGAAGCAAGUUCUAAACCUUGACUGCAUUUCGUUACCCACACAGCGAAACAUCUUCUUUGAUUUUUGACCCCGUACUAAUUUGAUCCAGAAGUUGAGAGUGCCGUGGUGAAGAUGGGGGUGCCGAAAUUUUACCGAUGGAUUUCAGAGCGCUAUCCUUGUCUCAGUGAAGUUGUCAAGGAACAUCAGAUUCCAGAAUUUGAUAAUCUCUAUCUGGACAUGAAUGGGAUUAUCCACCAGUGUUCCCACCCGAAUGACGAGGAUGUCCACUUCCGCAUCUCUGAGGAGAAGAUUUUUGCUGACAUCUUCCACUACCUGGAGGUGCUCUUCAGGAUCAUCAAGCCUCGCCAGGUCUUCUUUAUGGCUGUGGAUGGUGUGGCUCCAAGGGCAAAGAUGAACCAGCAGAGAGGACGGAGAUUCAGGUCUGCCAAAGAAGCAGAGGACAAGAUAAAAAAAGCUCUGGAUAAAGGAGAGGUCCUUCCUACAGAGGCUCGCUUUGAUUCCAACUGUAUCACUCCUGGCACUGACUUCAUGGCGAGACUUCAGGAGCAGCUCAAAUAUUUUGUCCACAACAAGGUCUCCACUGACAAGCUAUGGCAGAAUGUCAGAGUCUACCUGUCCGGCCAUGAGACGCCGGGGGAAGGAGAACACAAGAUCAUGGAGUUUAUUCGCUCUGAGAGCUCAAAGCCGGGUCACAACCCCAACACCCGACACUGCCUAUACGGCCUGGAUGCUGACCUGAUAAUGUUGGGUUUAACCAGCCAUGAGCCAAAUUUCUCCCUGCUCAGAGAAGAGGUUCGCUUUGGAGGGAAGAAAUCCCAGAAAAGGAUAACAGCUCCAGAGGAGACAACUUUUCACUUACUUCACUUGUCUCUGAUGAGGGAGUACAUCGACUAUGAGUUCUCUGAGCUCAGGAAUCAGAUUGGUUCUGAUUAUGACUUGGAGCGAAUAAUAGACGACUGGAUUCUAAUGGGCUUCCUAGUGGGAAAUGAUUUCAUCCCUCACCUCCCUCAUCUUCACAUCAACCAUGAUGCUUUGCCGUUGCUGUACAAGACCUACAUCAGCGUACUACCCAGCAUGGGGGGUUAUCUGAAUGAGAACGGCCAUCUAAACCUCAGAAACUUUGAGAAAUACCUGGAGAAGCUCGCUGAGUUUGACCGGGAACAUUUUAGCGAGGUGUCUGUGGACUUGAAGUGGUUUGAGAGUAAAGUUGGUAACAAGUAUCUGAAUGAGGCGGCUGGGCUUGCAGCAGAGAAGGAAGCUGCCAGCAAAGACGCUAAGAAGAUGGAGGAUUCUUCCCUCUGUCUGGCAGCUCUGACCUCAUCAGAUGAGGUGAUUGGACAAGGAAAGGUAACAAUGGCAGAGGAUGAGGAAGAGGAGGAUGAUUUAUUUGAAACCGAGUUCCGACAAUACAAACGCACCUACUAUAUGACCAAGAUGGGCGUGGAUGUGGUGUCUGAUGAGUUUCUAGCCAAGCUGGCCAGGUCUUAUGUGGAAGGCAUCCAGUGGAUUCUCCACUACUAUUACCACGGCGUUCAGUCCUGGAGCUGGUACUACCCCCACCACUACGCUCCCUUCCUGUCUGACAUCAGGAAUAUAUCUGGGUUAAAACUGACCUUCGACCUUGGGAAACCCUUCAUGCCCUUCCAGCAACUUUUGGCAGUCCUGCCUGCUGCCAGUAUGGAGCUUCUGCCUGAGUGUUACAGGCACCUGAUGACCAGUGACAGAUCGCCGAUUAUUGAGUACUACCCUCUGGACUUUAAAACGGACCUCAAUGGAAAGCAGCAGGAGUGGGAGGCUGUGGUGCUCAUUCCCUUCAUAGAUGAGAGGUGCUUACUAGCAGCCAUGGAGCCCAACAAUCACAAACUGACGAAAGAAGAGAAAGGCAGGAAUUGCCACUCAGAGUGUGCAGUCUACUCAUAUGACGGCGAAUUAGACUUCACAUACACCUCCACCUUGCCUCACCUAUUCCCCAACAUCGUCCACUGCCAUGUCAGGAAAGCACACAUCCCCAUGGAUGCCUGGAUGGUGCCUUUGGAUCAUGUCAGCAGACACGUCGACCGCUCAGCUCUGUACUUCUGUGGCUUCCCCACUCUGCAGCACAUCAGACAUAAGUUUUAUAAGAAGAAGACUGGGGUGGUCGUGUUCCAGCAGAGCAGCAGAGGGGAGAACAUGAUGCUAGAGAUCCUUCCCAACCAAGAAGCAGAGACGGUAUGUGAUGAUGUGGCUGCACAAGUACUGGGGAAGACUGUGUUCGUGAACUGGCCCCAUCUAGAGGAAGCUCGUAUCAUUGCAGUGUCAGACGGAGAAACAAAGUUUUCUUUGGAGGAACCACCUAGUGUCCAAAGAGUGUAUGACAGGCCCUCCACUCCUCCUCCCACCAAAGUCACCUGCCUGUCUGACAAGGAGCAGAAGGACUGGGUGAAAGAUGUCCAGGGAAUCACUGAACACUUCUUGAAGAGGAAAGGCAUCGUGGUGAAUGAGACAGAGGUGGUUCUGUAUGGCCAGCAGCUGACAGGAAGGAAGUAUGUUCCUAAAGCCAACGGAGUGGUGGAACUGGAGAAGCAGUGGGCCAAACAAGUUCUCCCUUUCGCCUACCAGACCGUGGUUAAGGACAUCAAGGCCUUUUACUCGUCCCUGACCUGUUUUAAGAGCUUAGACGAGCUCUUUCCUCAAUCAACUACGGUCUUCAUGGUGGGGAACCCGUACUACGGUGCCAUGGGAGAGGUGCAGGAUUCGAGCGAUGUCAUUAAGGACGGUCGUGUGCGUGUGGUCUUCAACGUGCCGCAUGAGCCGCAGCUGGAGCCCUUAAUCCAGAAUCAGCACAAAUACUGCGUGAAGUACAGCCCCGGAUAUAUUCUGGCGGCUCGUCUCGGCAUCACCAGCUACCUCGUCUCCCGCUUCUCAGGAAGCAUCUUCAUUGGCAGAGGCUCUAAGAAAAAUCCCUGUGGGGAGCAAAAAGCUAACGUUGGCUUGAACCUGAAGUUCAACAAGAAGAAUGAGGAGGUUCCUGGAUACACCAAGAGAACUGAGAAGGAGUGGCUGUAUUCUGCUGCUGUGGAGGAGCUGCUAGCUGAAUACCUGGACAGAUUUUCAGAAGUAUUCGACUUGGUGUCCAGAAACAGUCAUGAUGAUGUUUUCUAUGAAGAUGACAUCUGGCCUGGAGAGGACCAGAAUGGGGCCGAGAAGGUUGCUGAAAUCACUUCAUGGUUGAAAAGUCACCCAGUCAGCUCCAUCAGCAGAGCAUCAUGUGAUCUGCAGGUGCUGGACAACGCCAUCGUGGAAAGGAUCGAGGAGGCAGUGGAGAAAGCUAAGGUGAGGAAGAGCACCAAGAAAGUCCGUGUGACUGUUAAACCUCAUCUCCUGUUCAGGCCGCUGGAGCAGCAGCAGGGCGUGGUUCCAGACCUGGAUGCAGAAUAUCGCCUGUUUGACCGAGUCGUCAACAUCAGGGAGAGCUUCACCGUCCCCCUGGGACUCAGAGGAACUGUUAUCGGCAUUAAAGGAGCGGAGCGUGAGACAGAGGUUCUCUAUGAGGUGCUGUUUGAUGAAGAAUUUGCUGGAGGUCUCAACAUCAGGUGUACGUCACCGCGUGGUUACCGCCUCCCCCCCUGCGCUCUCAUCAAUCUUUCUCAUGGAGCCCGAGUGGAUCCCACCUCCCACAAACUCACCGCCAUCGUCAAACCUCAGCCAGUCACUGGUGCUAACUUCAACUCACAGCGCCACCUGGCUGGACUCAACCAUUCACCGCGAUCACCCUUUAUACCCACGCAGCAUAACAACAAACACGGUGUAGUGAAGGCAGCCUCCCAGGGCAACAGGAACUCUCCCUCUAAGGGUCCCAACCAGAAACAACAGUCCAAGAGCAAAGAGGAGUACUCUAACGUGUGGCAGUCUCUGCAGAACUCGGGCCCUCCAAACAAACCUCCUGCUCACUGGCAGAAUAAUGAAGGACACUCCCAACAGGGGAAGAAUCAGCAUACAACCUCCAACAAAGCUGCCGCAGGCAGUGUCAUCAGACUGUUGAAGAAAAGUGAUGACGCUGACUCCCUUAUCCCCUCACAGAGCACAGCCAAUAAGGCUUCGACUGAGUUUGAGGAUCUCAUUGCCAGUCUACAUAUCUCUAAGGGAAGCCAUCAGAACCCUCCUCCUCCUGCUCCCCCACAAGUGCCCACCAGCCAGUCAGAUGGCCCGUUGUCUCCACAGUCCUUUGCCAUGAAGGGAACCCUGGUACUGAAGGAAAUGCUGAAGAUUGAUGGUGCUGGAACGGGAAGUCCGUCUCCCCAGGAUACUGCUAACACCACCCCCACUGGAGGUCAGCAGCAGAACAGGAGACGAUCAUCCAAGAAACUAGCGGCAAACAUGAACGUCCCCUAUGGUGACACAGUUGCAGUAGGUUCUCCUGCAUCAGCUGCCUCCACCAGCCUCCCCAACACGGUGCUCAACAGUAAGGUGUCAGAGCUGGCAUGUGUCUGUGUGGGGUUAGGCAUGGCGCCGCCGGAGUUCAGCUAUAUAUGCAACAGACAGGGUCCAGUCGUGUGUCAGGUGAAGCUGUCGAAUGGGCUGAUGGUUCACGGUCCACAGUGCCAAUCAGAAAAUGAUGCCAAGGAGAAAGCUGCCUUCUUUGCCCUCCAAAGACUGAACUCAGUGGGAUCGGGCUUCCCCAUCCCACCUGCUCUGUAUCCAGGAGUGGGUCAGAUACGACCUCCACCCAUAGGAGCCAUGACCCCAGUCUUCAACCAGCAAGGUGGUUUGCUGUUACCCCCCCAGGGUUACGGCCCCGCCCCUCUGUGGGGCAUGGCGCUGCCUCCGCACCACCAGAGCCAACCGUUUUACGGAGCAGCAGGGACCUUUCCUGGUGCCGCCCGCCCCCAGCCCACAACAACACUGCCCAUCGGCUCACACAACCAGUUCAUCCCGUUACAAGUCACCAAGAAGCGGGUCUCAGCCAACAAGAAGAACCAGGACACUCGAGAGUUUUACAGUGCGGCCCAAACCGUGGCCAGGAACCAAUCACAGAAAGCCCAGAACCAGCUCUCACAAGUACAGAGCGGACCACAGAGUGGGAAAGCGGACCAGCCACACCAACAUGCUGCCAACAGCAACCCCUCUUUGUCCAGCACCAGUCUAGCAAAUGCCGUUUCCACGACGGCAGCAGCCCCGCACACACCCCCUCGACAAAACACCCCAGCAACAGGCCACACCCCUGGCUCCGCCUCCAAGAGGAAGCACAGGAAGCUGGCUGUCAACUUUGAGGCGGCUAAAGUCUCAGAGUGAUGAGAUGGGGGUUUUUUUUUUUUUUUGGUGUGAGUGUGUGAGGACAGAGGUGUGUGUAGUGUUUUUAAGUUGCUGUUUUAGGUCCUGACUCUGAUCAAAACCUCGUUAAUGUGAAAGUGUCUUUUCACGCAGCAUUUCAAACGUAGAAGGCAGCUUCUGUUAAAACGGGGGCACAGAGCAAACUUCAGAUUUUUUUUUUCUCAUUAUGUUGCAUGUGAGCAAACUAAACUAUUGGUUGUUUUACUGUUGUCUGCCCCAAAAUAGCUCAGAGAUAUCAGUCGUACGAUGGGAUUCCACUGUCCCUGCACCGCCUCGGUCAGAGCUACGCCUGCAAAACUAUUCCCUCUGACAUGUUGGCUUCCUAAGCUUAUUUGUGGCCAGCUUGAGCCGACAGGUUUCUGUACAGUUAGUUUACUGGUGUGGAAAGGAAUCCAGUAUACUGGCUUAGAAGAGCAGGGUGCAUUCUGGGAUGUGGCCAUAGCCCCUUUUUUCCGUCUUUGAGGGUGGUUUCGUGCAGCAUAAUUCCUCUUCAUGGCAGAACUGAUGCAAAUAUUAUAUAUAAAACUAUGAAUUAUUACAGCUUGCAUUUUAUUUUUGUAGCUCUGGGUCUUAAUUCAAUCAGCUGCACCAACCAAGUAUUAGCUGAGAUCACAGAACAGGGCAGCAUCGCUGUGUGCUCUCACUGUUGUUGUGUGCAGUGAGGUAUGAUUGGCGACUCCUCAGGUGUGUUCACCUUCAGUUUUCCCUCCAAAUAAAGUGGUAACUGGUGGUAAAACUGAGGUUGCUGACAACCUGUUAAUGCUUGUGUUAGUUGCCUUUUUUUUUUUUUUUUCUUUUUUAAUGAUAUUGAUCUCAGAGAGCAUCUUGGCGAGUACAACUGAUACCUUAGACUCCUAACGUUCACUGAGCUUGCUCUGGACCGGAAUACCAGGAGAGUUUCCACACUGACUUUGGUUGCUGCUUGUCGUCUUAGUGCUGGACCACAUGGGAGACUUUAUGGCCACAGAGACUGAGAACACACAUCUGAAUGCUGAUUUGUUGAGAUCCAUCAUGCUCCUGGUCACACAGUGCCCCUGAUAUUUUGGAAACCCUCUCUGAUCAAAUCUAGAUCUCGGUUCUCAGGGACAUGUAGCCAUGGUAGAAACCCUCAUCAUACGUUAGCCUCAGAUUUGCACUGCAGUGGCAGCUACUGCCUGCUCUCUCUCCCUCUCUCUCUCCCUGAAUAAUGGUAGACAUGCUAAGUUAUUAACAUGUAUGUGUUUUUAGAAUACUAGUUUGAAUCCAUGUGACGCUGUGUUGGCCUUGUGUUGAUUUUGAGGUAAUGUUAUUGGUAAAUAUGCAGAAACACCAGCCUUCUGUCAUGGCUACACUUGUACAUACUGGUCGCAGUUUAUGGAUCACUACAGUCAUUUGUAUGAAAAUGCAUCAGCUUUGGAUCAGCGGUGUUCAUCAGGCCCACGCUGAUGUUUGUUUUAAUGUCUCGCAUUCGAGUCUAAUUUUUAUUUCUCCUGAGUUUUCACAGCCUUUUGUUUCCCUCAGACGUUUGACACCCUGCUGCAUUUUUAUACUUUGUUUUAUUGUCUGUGAACGACGCCUCUAAAGUCAGAAGUCAGAUGCACACUGUCUGAGGACAGUGUGGAAUUAUAUGGACAUAAGAACUGAUUGGAAUAGAGCCCUACACACACACACACAGAGACACACACUCACACACACACCCAUUCAUGUGAUUAUAUUGCCACUGUAGUGCUGUUGUACACCAGCAGAUGACCCAGAGUCUGACUCAACCUACAAUAACAAGAAGAGUUUUUUUAUGUGUCCAUUUAAUUUGACUGUUGCAGACGAACAGAUUUGUUAGAUUUAUUGAGUUCUGUUGGAGGUACAGGAUCGUUUACACUGCCAGAUUCCAAAAGCAACUUGAUACAAAAUCCGUCUUUCUGUUUUUAAUAGAGUGGUGCCAGGAGAUUGUGGCUGAUUUUUUUUUUUCUUUGCAAAAAAAAAAAAGUACCUUUUUUUUGUUAAUUUUCUUGCUUCCGCGAAGAUUAAAAAUAGUUUUCUUGUGAAUGUGGGAGCUCACAAAGUUUAUAAUACCACGUACUUUUGACAUUUUAAAUGGAAAUACACACAUACAAACCAAAAGAUUUAGAUUUUAAUGAUCGUGCGAUGGUUCCUGACGUGUGACGAAUGUUUGUGUUUGAUUUCACUUCACUCUGAUACUUCUGUUAUUGUAGUACUCGUAGAGACCCCUCAGAGGUGUGUGGCGGAGGAUUGGAGAACCACACACAGUAACUGAUGAGACAGGUAAGCAUUGACAAAGACAGACAAUAGGUUGUUUUUGUGUCUGUGUAAAUGCAGCCAAAGAGCACUGUAACUCAUACCCUUAACAUAUUAUGUGUCCACCAAACUGAGUAUAAGAAGCCUCUGAGAUGCUUUUGAGAAUUAAAUUUUGGACUUUAUUAGACACCUCUGUGCACAUCCGGACUUGUUUACAUAAGCACACGUGCAUUUAAAUUCUCUCCAUUUUUAAGAUCUUUCUUUCUUUCUUUCUUUUUCAAGCUAUGGAUUUUAUGGAUACACAUUUUAUAGUCAUCCUGGGGUCUUUUCUAAGCAAUCUGAAUUAUUGUUUCAAUAAUGUUUGUGGUGAAGCUACAGUGAUGGACUCAGCUGUGGUGAUGAGUCGAUCAUAUUUGCUUUGUCCUCGUUUUGAGGGAUGCAGGCCUAUACAGUAUACGCUGAUCUCUAUCUGAACUCCGACCCUGGAGUCUGUAAGGCUCUGGUGCAAUAAAGGGAGGUUUUAAAUUGGAACAUUUUGGAAACUGAAACACACCUGUUGUAUAUCUGUUGUUGUGGUGUUUGUUUUUUUUUUGGGGGGGGGGGGGGUUAAAGUGAAUUCUCAAUAUUAAGAGAA